GAAAGGUCACGUGAGAGCCUCUUAAAGAGGCAAAAUGGCGGUCGUUCAACCAGUGACAAUGCCGAAUGGGGAUAUCCAAGAUUUACCAAAUACACCGCCUAGACAUGACGCAUAUGACAUAGCUAAUUUAUUAGACCAGAUAAGAAAUAUACAGAACUUGUUAAGAUUAACAAAAGAAAAUUUAGAAGCUUUAAAUGCUAAGUUUGGAAGUAAACAACAACCAGAUCCUAUGUAUUUACAGGAAUAUGAAGCUUUAGCCAACAAAAUCCAUGAACUUCAGGAGAAAGAGUCCCAGUUACUGACAGACUAUGAACAACAUAGCUGUGAACCUUCACCCCCUGAAGAGACAGAACCACCUCCCCAAGCCCCAGGUCCAACCCUUCCAAUUGUACCCCAACCUAGUCCAACACCAUCAAGACCUAUACUUCGAGUGAACUUUCCAAAUGACCAGGUGUCUUCGGUGAGAAUAGAAGCAGGUAAAACAUUAAAAGAUGCUUUGAAAAAGGCAAUGAGUCGACGAGAAAUUGAAGCAGAAAGUUGUGAGGUCUAUGAUGUUAGAACAAGAAUGCCCAUUUCCUGGGAUAUAGAUAUUGGAAGUUUAGCUAACAAAGAAUUGAAAGUUCAGUCGAAAUCUCAUAGACCUUCAGUGUCAGGAACAACUUUACCAAUGUUUACACAUAAUAUAGUUCGUAAAACAUUUUUGCUUUUAACAUUCUGUGAUGGGUGUGGCCGAUCCUUAUUCCAGAGUCUACGCUGCCAGACAUGUGGUAUAAGAUUCCAUCAGCGAUGUAUAGACAAAGUGAACCCAGUCUGUUCUUGGGACAGUAUGAAAGAAUGGGCAAGGCAUAAUAAACUUCCAGUGGAUACAUUCACAUCAUCUUUUCCCUUUAACAGCCGAAAUCAGUCAAUUCCUGUCUCACCACAUACACCUCAGCGCAGCAAACCUGCCCUGGGGCAGAGGGAUCGAUCCUCCUCAGCCCCUAAUGUGUGCCUAAUAAAUCCGGGUGAGAUCUCUCAUGAGGAUAGUAAAGUAUUACAAGAAGCCACAAUGAAAGAUGGAGGUCAUGCAGGAGUUCAUACAUUACCAAUACCAAGUUCAAACCAUGGUCACAGCCCAGGAAGUAGUCCAACAGGUAGUUCUCAGCAUUCACCAACAGCAGGUGAAAAGCGACAGAGAGCAAGUUCUGAGGAGGCAGACCCUGGCAAAAUCCGUUCUAGACAGAGACGUGAUUCUAAUGAAGAUUGGGAAAUAGCUGGUGAUCAGAUACAGGUGUAUUCCAAGAUAGGUUCAGGGUCAUUUGGAACAGUAUAUAGAGGUCAUUACCAUGGUUUUGUAGCUAUCAAAAGAUUGAAUGUUACAGAUCCAACACCUCAACAAUUAAAAGCUUUUAAAAAUGAGGUGGCAGUUUUAAGGAAAACGAGGCAUACAAAUGUAUUAUUAUUUAUGGGUUGGACGUCGAAGCCAUGGUUAGCUAUAAUAACCCAGUGGUGUGAAGGUUCUAGUUUAUAUAAACAUCUCCAUGUUCAAGAACAUAAAUUUGAAAUGAUAACAUUAAUGGAAAUAUCUAGACAGACGGCUCAAGGCAUGGACUAUUUACAUGCGAAGUCAAUAAUUCAUAGAGAUCUCAAGUCAAACAACAUAUUUUUAACAGAUAUUUUAACUGUCAAAAUUGGUGAUUUUGGUCUGGCAACUGUGAAAACACGGUGGAGUGGGUCACACCAGUUCCAACAACCAACAGGCUCAAUAUUAUGGAUGGCCCCAGAAGUGAUACGUAUGCAGGAAGAUAAUCCUUAUACUAACCAAUCAGAUGUAUAUUCCUUUGGUAUUGUAUUGUAUGAACUGAUGACAGGCCAACUUCCUUAUGGCAAUAUCAGUAACAAAGAUCAGAUAUUAUUCAUGGUUGGUAAAGGAUAUCUGCGACCAGACUAUAGUAAAAUAAGGUCAGAUAGCCCUAAAAGAUUAAAGAUUUUAUUUCAAGACUGCUGUAAAUUUGAACGAGAACAGAGGCCUUUAUUUCCACAGAUAUUAUCAGUACUGGAGACAUUAGAAAGGUCUUUACCUAAAGUUCAUCGGAGUUCAUCUGAACCUACUUUAAAUCAAUCACACACAGAAGACUAUGAUUUAAUGUACAUGUGUGCGUCCCCAAAAACUCCUAUAAAUAGCCAGUACUCUCAGUUCAUCUUUUCUUCACCUACGCCUGCUUAUUAAUGUAAACAAUUAUCUCUACACUACCAGGUCUUUCUUUUUAUGUUAUUGAUAAAUUGUACUGCUCUUAUGUCAUAAAGUCAUGUGCACUUUUAGUGGGAAAGAAGUUUGUCAGCCACAUAUUGUGUAUAAGAUUGUGCUUUUAUAUCUGUCACUUGAUAGCUGUCUGAAAUUUAUAUAGAAGUUGAAAGUGAAGGAUGUUUAACCAUGAUAAAAUGCUCAAAGUUAAAGACCUUUUUAGUAUCUUUCAUAUAUAUGUAUAUGCUUUUUUUGUUUGCGGUUUCUUCAUAUAUUUUUAAAUACGCAACUUAAUUAGAAACAAAUAAAGCUACAAUGCAAAAAAGUAUCCUGUACAUUUUUUUUUAAUAGUUAUGUGGUAAGUUGAAGCAGUAAAGGAAAUAUUCCAACAUUUAUAAUUUGCUAUUAUUAUAUGAUUUAAAUUCAGUCCUCUAAUUACAUGGAAAAAAUAUGAUUUUAUUCUACAAUGAGCAUUUGUCCUUUCGGAAUGCAUUUUAGUGCAUUUGCAAUAAUAUGAGACAAGUGUUACCUGUGAAAGAGGAUGAAGUACGUAUCAUAUUUUUUGUAAUCUGAUAUAUAGAAAUUUGGGGGAAAUAGUAUGCUUUACAACAUUGCAGUCUCCAACAACAGGGUGAAUGUGCAAGUUAUAUUGAUUUUUCUUUUUAUUGAUUUUCUUACUUUGUUUUAUAUGAAAAGGUUAGCUUUGGUAAUUGAGAGGGUUUUGAGGAACAUCUAACUACACCAAUAACUAUAGAGUGUCAAUAUCAUGGUAGCAGCUCCAGGUACACUUAGUUCAUUGGCUAAAAUGGUGGAGGUGUACUCAAUCUUUCUUGUUGUGAAAAAGUUAGGUCAUUUACUUGCUUAUGGUCAGUUGUCAAUAAAACUUUCAUCAUAUUGUAUGGAUAUAUAUAUAUAAAAGGCUAAAAACUUAGCAAACACACAAGAAACAUGCAUCAUUUAUAAAUCUUUGAUAAAAAAGGCACCAAAAAUCCUACAUUAUAUUUACCGAAACAAAAAUUAACGAUCGUCUAUCUGUUGUCUUAAUUUCUUCUUUAUACAUUUCCUAAUCUCUUAUUUAUAAGAAAUUUACAGAAGGAAAUGAGCUGUUUUAAGUUCAUCUGACAUAACUUUCCCAAUUUAAAUGCACAUAAUUUUAUGUCAAAGGGAACUGUUAAUAUUGUUAAACUAUUUAUUUAUUUUAUUGUAUAUAGUUACCAUGUGACAUUAACAAGAAAUGAGGUCACCAGCAUUACAGCUGGUUUCGUUAUAACAAGGUAUAAUUUGAUGUUACAGUGUGUUGAUUUUUUUCAAAGGUCAAAGGUCCAUUAAAUCAAACAGAUUCCAUACAACAUGGAUUUGUUUGGUCAUUUGAUAGUGCUGGAUUAUGCAGCUUUAAACAUUUGUGAUAUUAUGUUUUAUAGAAAAUACAUACUGACUUACAUUCUAUAUAGUGAGGAAAUUUAUGGAAUACAGGAAAAUGUAUUAGAUUUCCUUAAAUUUUUUUAUCAAAAAUGGCAACAAACCUUCUUUGAUAGGUAUGUUCAAAGAUAAUACUGAAAAUAUUAAAGCUUGUACUGUCUCUACAAAGAAAUGAUUUGUGUUGUAAUUAUAAAAAUUAUGAACAUCUCAAUUUAGGAUGGUAUUAACUUUCAUUGUAAAAAUUGGUGAAUUUUUUUUUUAGAUAUUGUAAAAAAACAAAAUUAUGUUGACAUUUAACAAUGAAAAUUCUUUUUUUUUUUCAUUAGAAUUGUUCAGUAAUAAAUAAGAUAAAUUCAGAAAUUAAAUCAUUUUAUUAUUAAUAUGAGAAUUUCAGAUUUUAGAGAAAUUGCAAAAAAUAAGUAAUGUGAACCUAGAAAUUAAUAAACAAAUGUAAACCCAGAAAUCUAGAAAUAAAUAUUUUCAUUUGUAAGAUAUUCCGUAGAUCUCAUUUAUGGCUUUAAUGAAAGACAAUACAGUUUAUAAACUGACAGUGGCAGACCAAAUUCAUAUAGAUAGGGCGAUACAUUUCAUUUGUGCACUAAGCUGAAAUAUACUUAGAAAAUCAUGUCAGAAUAUUGAUCACCUGUUGACCUUCUCAUAGUCAAUGUUCCUCUCAUCUCAGUUGCCAUGGCAUUACAAUACAUUAUAUGACUUUACUGUGAUUUUGUGUACAAUUAAGUCUGUGUAAAUAGUCUUAGUGUUUGUGUAUAUUUUAAGAUUUUUGUGUGUAUGCAUAAUUUGUUUAAAAUAUAUAUAUAUGAAGAUUUUAGAUGAUGUAUAUUGCUGACUUUAAUUUUUGUUUGAGAUAUGCUUUAUGGAAGUUUUGUGUUUGAUGAAUGAGAAAGUCUGAUAGGGGGUUAGAUUGUGAAUUUAUGUAAGGGUGUUUGUUUUCAUUAGUAACAUAUAUCAGUAGGCUGAGUUCUAUAGGAUUGCAAUGAUUUCAGUUUGGCUUUAAAAAAGAGUUAUUCUUUUGAAAAAUUAGUUUUCUAUUCUAUGAAUUAUAUUGUAAGUAAUAUAUGUUAUCAGAAACCGUUAUUGAGGGGAUUCAUGAUUAACAGCAGAGGGUACAUGAUUGGUUUGACCAAGAAAACAGUUUGUACAACUGUUUUAUAUACUAGAUAGAUUGUAUAGAUGUCAGGGCUUGAUAGAAACAGAAACAAAUUUAGGGUCAAACUGAAUGUUAAAUCUCAAAUAAAAAGUUAAUAAUAAGUCUGUUUUAAGGAAUUUAGUAUUUGAAUCAAGCAACUGAUUACCCCAUCUCUGUAGAAUUUACAAUAUAGUAACUUCUCACAAAAAAAUUUACAAUUAAGAUUUUUCGUAAGUCAUAUUUAAAUUUACAUGACUACAAGUAUCAUUAGGAAUUAAAAUUUUGAUGAAAAGAGCCCUAGAGAUAUUGGUGUGUGCAAAGAUCAGUGAAAAAUGUUUCCAUAUCAUAAAUAGAAGUUUACAAAGUCACAAUAUAAUGGUGUAGCAAUAACUAUUCACAAAGUUUCAUUUGAUGGGAAAAAUCUAUUCACAUGGACAAAGCGUUGGAAUAUUUAUGAAAAUAUAAAAUGACAAGUAUUUAAAGGCAAGCAGAAGAAGAAUGUGUCUGUUUUGUUUAAAUUUUUUCGCUAAAAUUAAGGAUUUUCGAAAAUGAAACAGAUUUAAAUGUUCAUUGUACAAAGAUUUAAAUGUUCAUUGUACAACUAUUUUGUAUUAAGUGUAAAGUUCAACUUUUGUUUUUAAUAUCUGAUAAUUGAGAAUAAAUUCAGCCUGAAAAUUGUAAGGGCUAUUCUAGAACCAAAUUUGGAGGGACUGGACAUCAUUUCUUUUAAACUUCCACCAUUCAUGUAAGGUAAAUUUGAAUGUACUUGCCCCAUUCUAAAACCACCAGUCCACAAGUAUUAAAAAAACAGCUUGAAUUUACUUCAUGACAGAUUGCUGACAUAUGUUUUUCAUUAGUCCCAUUUUCUUCACAGAAUAAAAAUGUUGUCAUGUUAAUACAGUGAAGAAUGGUAAAAACGUGUUCAAAUUUAGAUAAUGAUUUUUGUGACAAUAUAAUUAGUGGUAAAAUCAUUGCUGUUAUAAUUAGAUAAAUAGCAUUGUUUGUUUCUAUCCCUCAUUUAAAGUACAAGUUGAGCCUUCAACAAAUUAAACAAAAUUUCAAGAGUCCAGUAAAGGAGAUUUCAUUUGAAGGUAGUAUCGAGAAGUCGGUAGAAAUAUCAUAGGUGCAGUUACAAGCUCUAAUAGAUUUGUACUCAAAGUCUUUGAAGAACCAAAAUAAUGGAAAAUUACUAUUAACAGGGACAUGUUGUAUUAAAAAAUUUUUUGCUUUAAGAUAUGAACUCUAAAUUGCCAGUGUACUUAUAUAUUUAUACAUAAUUUGAGUAUGGAAAUACAUGUGUUAGUAUAUGCGCGUCUGUAUGUGUGUACAUGUGUUGGUGUAAAUGAUAAAUGGAGAGUUUGAAGUUAAUGAAUGAUAGUUUUAAUAUUAUGUGUGAAAAUGAAAUGCAUAAAGAUUCCUCCUUGUGUAUGAAUUUUUAAUAGAACUUCCAGUAAAUGUUUGUUUUAGCUGUGUUUGGCAGGGUGAAAUAGAGAUGAACUAUUUAUUUGUAUAUAAAAAUAUUCCAGUUUUAAUGGUCAUGGAAUUGUGCUCACAUGGUUUGUUUUUUUCUGUUUUUGAAGGGAACGUGCAAUGUACAAUACUUCUACACAAGCAUCAUGUAUAUUAUAUAUGUCACCAAUUUGAUGGUGUCGUGAUUUUGUAUGGUUGAAGAAGAUAGGGUAUGAAUGCCUGCUCCUGUGUGUUAUAUAAAGCACUUCUUAUUGCAGUCUUUUUUAAAGAAAACAUUUAAUUUCUGUUAAUAUGAUAACAAGUAUUUGUUCAAAAAUAGAUGUGAAAAGGAAAAAAUUAUUUACAAGUUAAUAUCAUCAGAAUUAAUGUCACAUGAUAUUUUGCUAUAUGACUGACCUUAUUGUAUUAUUAUUGCAAAAAUAUUUUACUGCUUUUUAACCACACUUAGUGAUGACAAUUAAAAAGAUUUUUCUAUCAACCUUUUUAAUGGAUAACACUUUGUCAACUUUUUCCAUGACAGGAACCUGUCAAUACUCAUAUAUCUUCAUGCAGAUCUUUUAGGAAAAUAUUGCUUCUGCUACAUAUAACAUUUUCCUUUCCAUUUAUCAGUUUGGUUAAAUUUUUCCGUAAAUUUUGAUAUACAAUGAUUUUUGUCGAGCCUGCGACUUUAGUCGAAAAAGCGAGACAUAGCGAUCCUACAUUCCGUCGGCGUCGUCGGCGGCGUCCACAAAUAUUCACUCUGUGGUUAAAGUUUUUGAAAUUUUAAUAACUUUCUUAAACUAUCCUGGGUUUCUACCAAACUUGGACAGAAGCUUGUUUAUGAUCAUAAUAUAGUAUCCAGAAGUAAAUUUUGUUAAAAAAAAAAAUACAUUUUUUCCUUAUUUUACUUUUAAAUGGACUUAGAUUUUCUGCCAGGAAACAACACAUUCACUCUGUGGUUAAAGUUUUUAAAAUUUUAAUAACUUUCUUAUACUAUUUUGGAUUUGUACCAAACUUGGACAGAAGCUUGUUUAUGAUCAAAAGCUAGUAUCUAGAAGGAAAUUUUGUAAAAAAAUAAAUCCAUUUUUUCCGUAUUUUACUUUUAAAUGGACUUAGAUUUUCUGCCAGGAAACAACACAUUCAUUCUGUGGUUAAAGUUUUUAAAAUUUUAAUAACUUUCUUAUACUAUUUUGGAUUUGUACCAAACUUUAACAGAAGCUUGUUUAUGAUCAGAUGCUAGUAUCUAGAAGGAAAUUUUGUUUUCUUCCAGUUAACAUAACAUUCAGUCUGCAGUUAAAGUUUUUAAACAUUUAUUAGAUUCAUAAACUAUCCUGGAUUUUUACCAAACUUGGAGAGAAGCUUCUUACAAUCAAAAGAUAGUAUCAAGAGGAAUAUUUUUAUUGAUUUACUUCCUCAUUUUUGUUGAGUCUGCGAUUAACAGUAAAAGUAGGCGAGACACUGGGUUCCGCGGAACCCUUACAAAUUUUUUACAAUAGUAUACAUGUAAAAGAUACUAAAACUUUCCUUUAUAUUUGAAUAUUAUAUUGUGUCCAUUUGUAAUCAGGAAUGAUUUGAAUUUGAUCUAUAACUUUAGGAUUCUAAACACAGCUACCAGUCACAUCAUGUUUGAUGAUUCUUGAUAUUUCAUCAGAAAGUUUAAAUUUGAAUUUCAGAUCUGCCAAGUGGUCAUAACAUGAUUUUUUGUGUAACAUAAUACAAUUGUUGACUUUGAUCAUUGAUCAAACUGUCCAUGAUCAUAUGUCUUUCAAUUUUAUGUUUUAAAGAUAAAGGCUAAGAUUGUCAGAUGCUGAACAAAGAUUUACGACCAUAUUUUCCAUUUGCAUCUCCUUCAAAUUAAGUUGACCACAGAGGAUUUUGGUUGUAAGUUUAGGACUUUUUUUUCAAGAUAAUACUGUUAAUUUAUUAUAUGUAAGAACCAAUUCCUCCAAGCUAAAUUUGUUGUUUCUCAUGUUUUGAUUUUAAGUUAAUUUUGGAAAAAAAAGGAAUAAAAAAUAUAGGCAACUUUCAUACUACAUUUGUAAUUUUGUGUUCUAUCCUUUAUUAAUCCCAUAAACAAGAAUUUUAUCUUGAACACACAAUAUUUAGGUUUUACAAUUUGUUAGUUUUGACAAGGGGAUAGUUGUACCUUCAUAACAAAUCUUACUUGUCUCCUAUAUCAAUCUUAUACUCAGACAUUCAAUAAAACUUUUACAAUGUACUUGUAAUAGUAUAACUUUCCCUUCAAGACAAUUUUUUUUUACUCUAAACAUUUGCUAAAAAGAUAACAAUUUUAACUUUGUAAAGUUUUUCUCAAAGGCAAACAUGUAUAUAUUAAUUGAAGCCUCCUUGCUUUAUUCCCUAUAUUUUUUAACUCCCAACAAAAAAUAAUAAAUCAAUCAAUCAAAACUUGUUGACUUAAUAAAGAUUGAUUGUGGGGGAGAUUAAAAUAUCGCUUUGAAAUUGACUAAAAAUGUAUUUCCUAUUAUAGUAAAAAAAACUGGUAAAAAUGACAUUAUAAACUAUAAUAAGUAUUCACAAAAAUAGAAAUGUAUUUUUAACAUGUUGAAAGCAUUUAAACAUCCAAAAGUUUAUCUUUUUAUGACUGCUAAGAAAUGUGAACAAAAAUUUAUGUUUGCAAAGUUUUAUUCAAAAUUAAACCUCUGUUUUGGUUUGUGUAAUCUGCUAAUGUUUUGAAGUCUUAUGAAACAAAACUGCAUUCCAAUAAGUAUUUAGUUUUAUACAUGAUCAAGAACAGUUAUACAACCUGUUUGACUUUUGAAAGUACAAGACCCAGGAGAGGUAUUGUUAUUCAAUUAUGUGUUCAAUUACUUUUUAAACUACAAUACUAUAUGAUCCUGUAUCAUUAUCUGGUUUCAGGAAAUACUUCUGAUAUUUUACAAAUAAUAAAAGUGUACUGCAAAGUAAAAAGAUAAUGUUUAUAUUGCAAAUAUCUAUCUGAUCUUACAGCACAUUUGAUAUGUUUAUUCAGUGCUUUUUAAAGGGUUUUAUUUAUAGUAUAUAUGGUGUAUGAUUGAAAAGUGUGAAAUUAAAUUGUGUUAUAUUUAAAUGCAAGUAAAAAUUUCCUUUCUGA